CUUUCUAAAUCUCCAUAGAUAUUUUUCUAGAAAAAAGUGAUUUGAAUAUUUUGACAGGAUUCUGAUAUGAAAAUAAAAUAAGUGUUUAGGUAGUAGGCACCUAUACCUAUCUAUGGAUAGGUACUCAAAAUCCCUGUGAUGCAAAAUUAAAAAGUGGGUUCGUAGUGCUUUUUACGAGUGUGUACUUGCAGAACACAAUGUACCGCAAUGAAAGCUGAUACCGACGCGUGGUGGGCGGCCGCGCUGCUCGUGGCCGCCGCUCGCUGGCCCGCCGCCGCCGCCGCCGCUCCCAACCAAGCGCAGGAAUACGAUUGGUUCGACUGCGACUUCAAUGACAUAGACAACUUAGACUGCGUUUCUCUGAUCACACAGAAAACGAACGAAAUAGAAGAUGAAAUUAAUGCCCAUCCGCUGGACGAUAAUUUGACCGAUAGUGUUCUUAAUUUUAAGCUUGAAGAUAACGAUUUCUUCUUAAUGUUUGUGUUAGCACUUAAUUCAAAAGAGCCCCAUAUACAUACUCGCAGAAAACGUUUCCCUUAUAAAUAUUAUCCACAAUUAAAUCGGAAACUUCCCAUAUACAACACUUCAGAAAUAUUUCCACCGAGAGAUAUGACUUUCGUGCCGAGAUCUCGCAUGAUGAAUUUCCUGUACAAGUCGGUGGCGCCAAGUAUCGUCCAAUUCACAGCUCCCAUGCCGACCACAGCCGCUAUGACACAUGUUUUUUCGGAAGUCUUAAAUGUAUCACUGUUAAACAUGAAAAUGAAUCCUGUUUUCUUUUGCUGUUUGGCCUCACUUCUCUCCGGACCCGUCGCUUUCAUCUUCAUACUCCUAACGGUGCCCUUGUUGACGAUCUUUUGCUGGAUGGCGGCGUGGCGUCGCCGGAGCCUCGCCCGGCGGACCUUCGACUAUAAGUGCGAUUGUUUCUUCAAGUACUUGUUCGCCUUUCUGUUGUUUGCAGCAAUGGGGUUAUACCUAUACGGCGUGUGGGGAUUUAUUGUGUCAGGGGAGCAACUGGAAACUGGUGUGCAAGACUUGUUUGUAGCCGUGUGUAACUUCACGAGGAGCUUCGCUGCUUAUCUUCGCCGCGCAAAGGACGGUAUAUAUGUGACCGGCAUACCCGUUUAUCAGAAAACGCAAUUGAGUGCAUUUACAUCAGACUAUUUUAAACUUCAUUGGUGGUGGAAAUAUUAUACUGGGUGGAGUAUGCCCUUUUUUGAUUUCAUAAUUUAUGGCAAUCGUCGCGCUGCUAUGAAAUCUCUGGGCAACAUCACGGGAGUACUGGAAGACGUGCAGCUCGACCUGGCAUUAAUGAAGGAACAUACCUCCAUGCUCUGGUCUUUGGCUAAUGAACUCAAUACAGAACUCCGUAACGUGAAGCGGACACUGCUGCAGUCGCUGACUAGUUGCGACGCCCCCGCUUGCCUCGACCUGCAGCGGAUGCACCACUUUCUGGACAUCGACACCGAGAUUCGGCAUGUUCAGACGGUGCUGGACAAUGUGACCGAGCUACGUGACCAGGGUCUGCACGAUGACGUCACUGCUGGAUUACGCUUCGACUUCUGGGACUUCAAAUUAGACGUACCUAAAACACACUACUAUAGAAGCGGUCAUCAAGUAUUAAAUGCUCUAUACAAGAUGAAUCAAAUGUUCCUGAAAAGGAUGUAUUGGUGGGCCGAAAGCUUUUACCCAAUACUGGAGGUACCAGAUAAAAUCAGAGCAAUAUUCAUCACCCGCUAUCUUCCGUAUAUCCAGUUCACGGUGGCCCUAAUAUCUUUUUUUCUAAUAGUCCCUGUGGUGAUGAUCCUCGGCCUGCCCCAUUGUUGCUACGGCUCGCGGCGCAGAGUGUACCGCGGUUUCACGUGGGCCAGUCUGCGCAGCAGUAGUUUUGGUUCGCGGCUCAUAUACUGGUCCAUAGCGGCAUCGUUACUGCCAUUCUUGGUGUGCGGGCUGGGAGCGGCGGUGUUCUACUUGGCCAGCACGCUGCUCCAGCGCGUCAUCUGUGAACCACUCGAGAAACCCACUCAAAGUAUAAUGUUCGAUUUUAUCUGGGACCGCUUCGUGGACAUCGAGAAGUUAAUCUUCGGAAGUAAAGCCAACUACAGUUAUGGACUCAAGUUCAGCCGCGUCAUCGAGCAGUUGAGGACUCCCAAAACGCCACUAGAGAUAUAUAACGUGUUUCAAAUCUACCGGCAGGCUGGAGAAGAAAAGCAUCGGUUUAUACACAUCAGAAAACGUAUAACGUGGACCACUGUUUGGAUUGGUAGAUUGAGGAAAUCACUUGAAGAGAUGUCAAUUAGACAGGAGCCGCCCACGUCUAUGAUGGCGCUAAGCGACCUAGCCAUGCGCAGCCUGCUGCGGCUUGUGGACAUUCGCUUCUCGGACUUGGCUGUUGACAGAAUACCGUCCACGAUGAAGAGUCAUAUGCAGCAGUUUACCAAAAAAUCCCGCGAGAUGGCGCUGUUGUCCGAGGCGCUGGAGCGCGCGGCGGACAGGCGCGGCUACGGCGCCGUGCCGGCCGAGCUGCGCGCCGCCGCCGCCGCGCUGCGGGACCUGCGUCUCAACAUCGUCCUGCCCAUGCUGCAGGAAGCGCGUGUGCUCAAUAGCACAGCCAGUAGAUUGCAAGUGUCGCUGCGUUUCAACCUCGGUAACACGACGCUGAAGCAAGUGAUCGAGGACAACAUUAGGGAUAUGGAGAAUAUGAAGAUCAUCGGCAACGACGAUCAUGAACACAAGGCUGCGAGAUUUUGGAUCCCGAUCAUGAACAUUGCAGACUAUUACGUGGACAUCACAAGCGAUUUCUUAUUAGUUUACCGGAAAUAUUUUGAGAAAUUUUUGCCCCAGGACAACCUUUUCAUGAUACAUGAAGCAAAAAUUCGAUUAACACUAUGUGAAAAUUUUUAUCUUCCAAUGCAAGGUCUUUGGGUCUGCAUGGGGCUCUGCUGGCUGAUGCUGCUGGUGAUGAUAUGGUCGGGGCGCACGCUGGCGCGCAUCUGCCUGCGCACCGACCCCUACCCCGGCGCGGCGGUGCAGCGCGCGUACAAAGAAAUAAAGCGGUUUGCGGAAAAGAAUCGCAAGUUGCGCAGGCGCGGCAAGAGGACGAGUAACCUGUGCAGAUUGUGCACGACAGCGUGCGACGACAACGAGCUGCCUCUCUCGAAGCGCAGAAGAUGUUAACUGAGCAUCAGACAAGAAGAUGAAACCCUGGCCUGCCUAUGCACUUGUGGAAGCGUCUGCAAUUUAAAAGUAUUGUGAUAAUUGUAUACAAAAAUAUGAUUUUAAUUGUUUUGUAUGCUAAUGUUGGUGUAGCACAAAAUAAAAAUUAGUUCAACUGCG